GGCGGAGGCGGAGGCGGUGUGUGUGCACAUUGCCAGCACAUGUCCCUGCCUGCUGAUGUGGAUGUCCAGGGCUCCUGUGUCCUAUGGGGUGGUGGGCAUUUGAGCUGGAUGAAGGCCUGCCAGGGACAUAUGCUGCAGAGCAUCCCAGACCUCAUUGAACCUGUUGCAAAGCCAUCCCUCGCAACCCAUGUGCAUCAUCUUCUUUAAGUUUGAUCCUCACCCUGUUUCCAAAAAUGCAUACAGGUUCAUUCUGGCAGCCAACAGGGAUGAGUUCUACCACAGACCAUCCAAGUUGGCAGGCUUCUGGGGGACUAACAAUGAGAUCCUCAGUGGGCUUGACAUGGAAGAAGGCAAAGAAGGAGGCACAUGGUUGGGCAUCAGCACACGGGGGAAGCUGGGGGCACUCACUAACUACCUGCAGCCACAACAGGAUCCAGAGGCCCGUGGCAGAGGUGAACUUGUGGCCCACUUUCUGACCACUGAUAUGGACAGCUUGUCCUACCUGAAGAAGGUCUCCACAGAGGGCCACCUAUACAAUGGCUUCAACCUCAUAGCAGCUGAUUUGAGUACAACAAAAGGAGACUUGGUUUGCUACUAUGGAAACCGGGGGAGGCCUGAGCCCAUUGUCCUGACACCAGGGACUUAUGGACUGAGCAAUGCACUGCUGGAGACGCCCUGGAGGAAGCUGUGCUUUGGCAAGAAGCUCUUCCUAGAGGUUGUGGAGCAGAGCCAUGUGCUCCCCAAGGAUACUCUUGUUACCCAGCUCCUGGAUGUGCUCAACAAUGAGGAGGCACAGCUGCCAGACCCAGCCAUUGAAGACCAGGGCCAGGAGUAUGUGCAGCCCAUACUGAGCAAGUAUGCAGCUGUAUGUGUGCGCUGCCCCAACUAUGGAACCAGAACCAACACCAUCAUCCUUGUGGACGCAGAUGGUCACGUGACCUUCACGGAGCGCAGCAUGCUGAACAAGGACCCCUCCUGCUGGGAGACCAACACCUACGAGUUCAUGUUACAGAGCUAAUCCCCCACUGCUGGAUAUGGCCAGCAGGCUCUUGGGAGGCCCUACCUUGAAGGCCAGUGUGGACAGGAAACUUCCAUGACCAUACUACACUGCUCGUGACUUGGCCAACAUUMUCAGMGAUGUCUAAUUUGUUUGUUACCUAUUCUUGUGUUGUAUCCAGCUCAGGGUCUGCCUUUAUGCCAAUGGGGARUGAGAGAUUCUGAUGCCAGGUCUAGGACAGAACCAGGUGUACCAUAUGUGUAUGACUAUACUUGGGUCUACCUUGUCCACAUGUAAAGGCACACAUACACAUGUAGGGCAUAUGCUCACACACAUAUACACCCCCAUGUGCUGAGGCACACACAUGCACACAAAAUUGCACGUGUAUACAUAUUUGAACACAUACUCAAGAGUAUACACACACAUGUGCAUGCCAAGCAGGCAGAAGAGAACCUUUUACCUUAUACUUGUAGCCAAUGGCUCUUUGCUSUGGUCAAAURUYAGGAGUAGGCUUUUAUUUAMAUGGUGCCUUAAAUGGUGUUUAAGUGGUGCAUAGGGCACCACUGUGCUUUACUUCCCAACAACCAUACCUGUUCCUGAGAGGAUAUGGGCCAUAUUUGGAAUCAUAUACAAGGAGGACCAGAGAAAAACUCACUUUUACAAUAGAAGCUCAGCCUCAUUAGAGAUCCAGUGGUUCUGCAUAUGCCAGAGAGUCCUGUGUGCAUUGGACAGUCUUGAAUGAGAGAUGUGGCCCYACAUAUGCUGGGUGGUCUUUUGUGCACCAAGGGUCCUGCAUGGUCAGGUCCAUGGUGCAGGAUGGUUGUGUGUGUGCCAGGGGCUUUCAGGCCACUACUUACCCAGUGGGUGUUAUGGGUUCUGGGAAGGCCCAUCUCAGCAAGGGAACUUAGCUAGCCUUUGCUGUCUCCCUUCUUGGUACAUCAAACUUUACAGGAACCUGAACUUGAAUGUGAGCUGUUGAUAAUAAAGCUUUGAAGUUGUGGUGAGUAAA